GCCAAGUUCGCAAACAAACAUUUCCAUCGCGCGUUUUUUUUUCUCUCCUCUGUUUGCGUACCAAGAAAAUAUGAAAAUGCAAGAAAAUACGGCUAUCAAACUCUUCGGCAUGAAAAUACCUCUCACCGUCGACGUUAAUCCGCCGGUGAACUACGGCGAGCGGUUGUCUUCCUUGGAGAGAGUAGAAGAAGAAGUGAAAGCAGAGAAGGAAUCUUCAUCAGGAAAAUUCACUGAUAUUAAUCAAGAAGAUGACUAUGAUAAUGGUUCUGUUAAGGAUGCAGAAGAAUCUGCAGAUCAAGAAACAUUAGCAGAGACUGAUGAAAACCCUAAAACACCAUCUAUUACUGAAGAAUCUGCAAAAUCAAACAAUUUCAAAACAGAGAAAGAACAGAAUGAUAAAGAAGAAACCCUCAAGAAACCAGACAAAAUAAUUCCCUGUCCUCGAUGCAAAAGCAUGGAUACUAAAUUCUGUUACUACAACAAUUACAAUGUUAAUCAACCGCGACAUUUCUGCAAAGCCUGUCAAAGAUACUGGACUUCUGGUGGUACUAUGAGGAAUGUUCCGGUAGGAGCUGGCCGUCGUAAGAAUAAAAACUCCGCCUCUCAAUAUCGCCACAUAACUAUUUCCGAGGCGCUUGAUCAAGCUGCUCGUAUCGAUCAACCUCCUAAUAGUCGAGUACUUAGGUUUAGUAUGGAUGCACAUGCACCUACAUAUGAUUCAAUGGCUAAUUCUAAGUUGAAUCUUGCUGAUCAAGGCAGAGAAAAUGUUCGUGAUGAAUGUUCAAGUGGUUCUUCUGUUACCGUUUCGAAUCAAAUGGAAGAUGGAGUAAAUGGUGUUAAUGCAUUUGCAUCUCCAGUUCAAUGUCUUCCUGGUGUUCCCUGGCAUUAUCCAUGUAAUUCUGUCAAUCCGACGCCGUUUUACCCUCACUUUUGGAACUACAUACCUCUAUUGUCUCCUCAAUCAAUCGGAGCUCCAUUAUUAAACCCUAAUUCUACUACACUAGGCAAGCAUUCGAGGGACGAAGAAGACGAAUCAAAGAGUAAAAGAAGAUGUGUUUUAGUUCCUAAAACCUUAAGAGUUGAUGAUCCAAAUGACUCUGCAAAAAGUUCUAUAUGGGCAACGUUAGGAAUCAAGAAUGAGUCUUUCAAUGGAGGAUCAGGGUUGAUUAAGGCAUUACAACCUAAGAUUAAUGAAAAGAAACAUGUUCCUGAUCAGACAUCUAAUUUCUUGAGAGCAAAUCCUGCUGCUUUGUCUCGAUCGAUGAACUUUCAUGAGAGUUCUUGAAUUGCUGACAUGUAGACCAAGGUCGAGUUUAGGUUAGCUUUCUCAGCAAGUAAACUGACCAAGACAAACCUAGAAGACGGGGAAAAUUUCAGGAUUUAGGGUUACGAUUAGUGUGACGAAAUUUAAUUUUAAGAUAGUCAAUUUUACUUGGUUUGCAGUAAGUUUAAAUUCAUGUAAAUAUAUGUGAAAUACUGAACAAGGGUUGAAAAAACAAUCCAUAAUUUUAAUCCUUUUUUCAAUAA